UAAUUGUGCAGGCAUGUAAAGAGUAUGUAAACAUUCGGGAUUUAUUAAUAAUAUGGUUGCUGAUAUGGCUGGUCCGCUGAACGCUAUUAAAAGGACUGUCAUCGACGGAAAAAGUGUGAUCCUUUUGGACGGUCCACCUCAAGUUUUAUCCUGGAACGAAUUCAAGUCAAUCUGCAAACUAUUCGAAGAAGUGGAUUGGUUUGACAUCGCAGAGGUCACUGGAGCCGACUUUACAUCGAGCAUGCAGACGCCAGUCAACGGGCCCGGAUGCCUCAAGUUUCCAAGACAGGAAGAGCGCAAGAAUGCUAUUACCAGUGUGCCCAGUGUUGAGAAAACUGUAUUAGCCUCCCUUGACGAGAAGCCCAUAAGUAAUAGCACACCAUUGAAAACAAAGCCUUCCAAGAAAAAAGGUUUCACGGAGAGGAGGUUUAGGAAGUCCGAGAAAUGGUAGAGGAAUCCCCGACACUCAAAGAGGUGGCAGCCCAGCACAUGCUCUCAAAAGAGACUGUCUCUUAUCUCAGUCACCUGGGUAUCACCAGCUGUACUAACCUCCGCAAACUUACUCAGGACGAUAUCUCACACCUCCAGAUCCCGAUGGGUCAGAAGCGCAAGGUUUCCUCCGCCGUGGGUCAGUUAACCGGCAAGCCCAUGGUACCCAUACCUGGAUCCUUCAGGUCUAAGAGCACCAGCGGUGGCAGGAAUGUUGAGGGAGCACUUGCUGAACAUCCCAAAUUCUGGGCGGACCACAUGGGCAACUCUAAGCUCAUAAGAAUGCUCUAAUACAUUAAUUCCUUUUGUUGGAGCGUGUGUGUGUGUGUGUGAUAUGUAAAAAUCUUGUAAAUAUAUUUUAUGACACUGCUUGACACUAAGAUAUUCGACCAAUGUGAGUUGCUCGUGGAUUAAUCUCAUUAUGGAACGGAGGAGGCAAGACAAGGCAUAAUUGUGUUCCUGACAAGUAUGAUUUAUAUGAUUUGGUUAUAUAACAUGUAAACUAACUAAGUAACGAGCCGAUUUGUUGCAACCUCUCUGCAAGUGCAACGUAUAUUUUAUAUAAUAUGGUUUCACGCACUAAACUCACAUAUUUCGUAAGUUCGUAGUAUGGUUGGUGUUAAAGUUAUUUUAUUCAGGCCAAAAAUUUAUCACACAGUUUUUAAAAUUUGUAAGAAAUUUAAUUACACAGAAAAAUGUUGUCUACUGAUUGAAAUAAGGCGAUAACGAACUUCUCGCUCUAGUAGGAUGGUUUGUUUCAAUGAUCAUUUUGCCAGUUUCAACCAACUUUGAGAGUCGCACUUGAAACUCUUCCUGGUUACCAUGGUAACCAAACUUGAAUCCUGGAAAAUUAUAUCCUUUUUAGAUCAUAUUUGAAAGUCGACUUUAGGUGCACUUUUCAUCUCAAGGAUUUUGAAAUAUGGGGACAUGAUGUAAUUUUGAUUGCUAUUUAUUAUAGUAUAUUAGGAAGGGCUUCCAGCUAUUUGGUGAUCAUAAGAAAAUUUAAAGCGCUGCUAUUUGACAGCUCGAUACUUCAUACUUGACUAAAAAGAGAACCUGCGUUGCUUCAAUUUACGUAAUUUGUCGAUUAAUAUUAUAAAGGAGUACUAUUAACAUACUAUUAUGUAACUUCAACUUGUCACAUGGAUUGAACUAUCCUUGUCUUCUGAACUCAUUGGUAAAGUUCCAAUAAAAUAGCCUUUAAGCCUUCCAGUAGGUUGGGAAGUGAGAAGUGGUCCUAUUUAAAUUGUAAUGUGGAUGAGUGCAAUUACAAGGUUUGCUGACUUAUUAGCUACAUGGUUAAGUAUGUGAGUAGCGUUGGAAAUUACUAAAAAUCGUAUUGCUGAAAAAGUGAUACCAUGAGUGAUUGAUGUUUUUAUGAUAUUGUAAAUGACAAUCAUUAUAAAUAAAUGAAUUAAUUGAUUAAUUAAUGGAUUCGAAAAUGUUCAUUAUUUGUUGGAGCACGUUGUUAAGUCUUAUCUCGAGUUUAUAACUUAAUGCUGUUAUAGGUUUAUAACUUUAAAAAAUAUUGGUUUUUGCAGUGUUAUUCCUAUCCGCAAAAAUGUACAUUAUCGCCUCUGAUUAUUCAUGUUAUAUAAUUGGUUUUCACUUAUUGAAUUAUUGAUAUAACGCAUUAGCCUACAAAUUACAAUAGCUUUAAUAAAAUAUAUGGUUGUCAUGAAAAAGUCUAGUGCAGUAGCCUAAUCGCCUAUUUAUAUGUUUGAUCAUACAUUUUACCUUUAAAUUAUAAAAUCUUUAAAGAGAUUAUUGGGUCUGAGAGAUUAUUCUGUAUAACCUAUUCCUGUCAACAUAUUAGUAUAUUAUGCAGAUUUAAUAAUUUAGACAUUAUACUGAUACUUGAUUAUUCUAUUGAAAAAUUAAAUUUUCCAAUGUAAAAUUAUCUCAAAGAUUGGAGAAUUAUUAAGUGAAAGUUUUUUUUCAAAAGCCUCUUCCUUUAUUUAAAUUUGAUAUGGAAAUCUUUGAUUUUUUUGAAGAAAAUUUUCUGUAAAUCUUCAACAGUACAAGAGUGUAUAUAAUAAUAAUUCUGUAUAAGUGUAUAGUACUGUACAGUACACAAUUUUAAUGAACAGAAUUAAUUGAUCAUUCUGUUUAGAAUUUAGAUGAUGAAUUAACUUUCUAGUUGGACUUUCAAACAUUCAUCUUAUUUUACUAAUUACUCAGUUUUGGAAAUUUUGGAAUUUGCUUUAUAAUUAGAUUAAUGCC